CACACACACACACACAGUGUUGUUGAGCUGUGCUCGUACUGACUUCAGACUGACACACGGCAGAGUGCAAACUUUUUCUACUCUCUCUCUUUUUACUUCCGCCUUGUGGGUGGAGCGUGUCGUCGAGACUGAGCUUCUGUGUUGCGUUUGGGGAAGUUGCACAAUUUCGGAAAUACACAUUUCACGGUGUGUGCGAUAGAAACAUACGUGUGCCAGUGUUCUGCAAUUUUUGGUUUUCAGUGGGAGGAGGAUAAUGACAACAAUCAUCCCCAACGUGUCUGUGAGUUGUCCAACAUGUCCGUAAACACAACAGUCGGAUGAACUCCACUCUCGGGUUGUUGUUGUGGGUUUUUUUUUUACAAUGAAUAACUCGGUAACUUCCGCUACUUACAUUCGCAACAUCAGUUACAGUUUGCGUCGCAGGUUGUCCGACUUUCUGGACCCCCAGGACAGGUGGAGGGAUGUGGCCGUGUCGAUACGGAAGCCGAGUGGGGAGCUGAGGUACUCGCAGCAUCACGUGAGGAGAUUUGAGGGCCUCGUUGCUCAGGGCAGAAGUCCCACGGAGGAGCUGCUCAGUGACUGGGGGACCACCAACAGCACCGUGGGUGAACUUGUGGACAUCUUGAGGAGUCACAAGUUACUGGCUGCUGCCUGUGUUCUGCUUCCUGUGGAAGAGGCCUCCUCAGAAGAUGCACAGCCGGCUUCUCCAGCACUAGGAUCGGAGAGUGCGCGUCCAACCAGGCUCCUGGAGGAAAGAGCGCCGCAGCCGUCGGCUGGCAGCUCCACUCCGCAGCCGCAGACGCUGCAGGAGAGCAGGGAACCAGCAGACACAGGCUUCUCCAGCUUCUUGUACAACGAGCUGAAGAAGAUCACGGGCAACUUCGACGACCGCCCCAUGUCGGACGGCGGCAGCAGACUCGGAGAGGGGGGCUUCGGCACUGUGUACAAAGGUCUCCUGAACGACACACCUGUUGCAGUGAAAAAGCUCAAUCCAAUGGAUGACACUUCGAUGGACGAGCUGCAAGUUCAGUUCCAUCAAGAGAUCCAAACUCUGAAAGUGUUGAAACACGAGAACUUGGUUGACAUGGUUGGAUUUUCCUGCGACGGGCAGCACCCCUGUUUGGUGUACGCCUUCAUGGCCAACGGAUCUCUGCUUGACCGACUGGCUUGCUUGGACGACAGUCCCCCGUUGCCCUGGCGACGGCGAUGUUUGAUAGCCGAGGGGACGGCGAGAGGCUUGGACUACCUGCACAGCAACCAUCAUGUGCACAGAGAUGUUAAAAGUGCAAAUAUCCUAUUAGAUGAAAAAUGCGUGGCAAAGAUCUCAGACUUCGGGCUGACGAGAGCUUCAGCCAAACGGACGUCGACAACCAUGAUGACGGAGAGGAUCGUGGGGACCCGUGCGUACAUGGCGCCCGAGGCCCUCAGAGGAGAGAUCACACCCAAAUCUGAUGUCUUCAGCUUUGGAGUGGUGUUGCUAGAAAUAUUGUCUGGACUCCCGCCAGCCUGUGAAAACCGGGAGCCACAGUUCUUGAUGGAGGUACGGUACGACAUAGAUGACGAAGACGAGGAGCUGACUCUGGAGGACAUUCUGGACAAAAAGAUGGGCGACUGGGAGCUGGGUCAGGUGGAGACCCUCUACUCUUUGGCCUGUAACUGCCUCCAAGAGAGGAAAAACAGACGGCCAGUCGCCAGACAGGUCGUGUCGGAGCUUGAAGGGGUUGUCAAAAGCAUAUCACUGGAUUCACAAGCGUAGCAGAGAAGACACAAGAUAAGAAAUCCUGCUGAAUAAAUGUGACUUUCUGAACAGAUUUAAAAAGAAAAAUCAAUGUCUCGUUGAUUGGAUUGGAUAUUUUUUUUGCAUCAAUAUAUUUUUGUGCAAUAAAAAUAUUUUGUUUACCUCA